UCAAAGAAUUUGGUAUAGAAUUUACCAGCAAGUAGGAAAAAUUCCACACUAAAGUCGAGCUAAAAGUCUUCCUGGAAGAAGGAAGGGCCGUUCUGUCUUAAUCAGUGGAUGGAAACCAAGCCCAGCAACAAGAAGAUAAAUUUCAAAUGGAGAACCAGUGCCUCCCCAAGAAAGUUCCAGGGUUCUGUUCCUUCCGGUAUGGACUGGCUAUCCUUCUGCACUUCUGUAACAUUGCCAUCAUGGCCCAGAGAGUGUGCCUGAACCUCACCAUGGUAGCCAUGGUGAACAACACAGGGUCACCCCACUUAUCUAACGAAUCUGCAGUGGAGAUGCUGGAAAAUGUAAAGAACCCUGUGUAUUCCUGGAGUCCUGAUAUCCAAGGGCUUAUUCUCAGUUCUGUCUUCUUUGGUAUGGUCGUGGCUCAGGCUCCUGUGGGGUACCUAUCUGGAAUAUACCCAAUGAAGAGAAUAAUUGGGUCUUCACUGUUCCUCAGCUCUUUGAUGUCCCUGCUCAUCCCACAUGCUGCACAAGUCGGAGCAGCUUUAGUCAUUGUGUGUCGAGUGCUCCAGGGAAUAGCCCAGGGAACAGUGUCAACAGGCCAACAUGAAAUAUGGGUCAAAUGGGCACCUCCCUUGGAACGAGGCAGACUUACCUCUAUGACUCUAUCAGGGUUUGUAAUGGGACCAUUUAUUGUCCUGCUUGUGAGUGGCUUCAUCUGUGAUCUUCUGGGCUGGCCCAUGGUCUUCUACAUCUUUGGUAUUGUUGGGUGUGUUCUGAGUCUUUCCUGGUUCUUUCUGUUCUUUGAUGACCCCAAGGACCACCCAUAUAUGAGCAGCAGUGAGAAGAAUUACAUCAUAUCCUCCCUCAUGCAACAGGCCAGCUCAGGCAGACAAUCCCUGCCAAUCAAAGCUAUGCUUAAGUCUCUUCCACUCUGGGCCAUUAUCCUCAAUAGCUUUGCUUUCAUAUGGUCGAACAGUCUCCUGGUUACAUACACGCCGACAUUUAUCAGCACUGUGCUUCAUGUUAAUGUUAGAGAGAAUGGACUGCUGUCCAGCCUCCCCUAUCUGCUUGCCUACAUCUGUGGUAUCCUAGCAGGUCAGAUGUCAGACUUCUUCCUGACCAGGAAGAUUUUCAGCAUAGUUACCGUCCGGAAACUCUUCACCACAUUAGGGAGUUUCUGUCCCGUGAUCUUCAUCAUGUGCCUGCUCUACCUGAGCUACAACUUCUACAGCACCGUCAUUUUCCUGACACUUGCCAACUCGACACUUAGCUUUUCUUACUGCGGACAACUUAUCAAUGCCUUGGAUAUUGCUCCCAGAUAUUAUGGAUUUCUUAAGGCAGUCACAGCUUUAAUUGGAAUGUUUGGGGGCCUGAUUUCUUCAACUCUUGCUGGGUUGAUUCUUAAUCAGGAUCCAGAAUAUGCUUGGCAUAAAAUCUUCUUCUUGAUGGCAGGCAUUAACGUGUCAUGCCUGGCUUUCUAUUUUCUAUUUGCUAAAGGAGAAAUUCAGGAGUGGGCUAAAGAAAUAAAAACCACACGACUGUGAAGGGAAGACAUGUGAAGAUGGCAUUGAUAACCUUUCACUGGACAAGAAAGACAACUUGAGAAAAAUCUUCUAGCCUAGACUAAUGUCUCUGAAGUGUUAGACUCUUCAGUGACAUCUCUCUGUGUUUUGUUUCCUUUUUCUACAAAAGUUAGUAGAAAAAGGAGAAGCUGAGAAGCCUGAGGUCAGCAUCCUUAUAGAAAGAAAGGGGAUCCUUCAUGGGGCUGCAGUGCUGGGAGAGUCGUGAACACCUGGAGACAGGUAGCAUGAGGCUCCUGAAUGCUCAGUCGCACCCACUUCUGUCUGAGUGAUUCUUUUGCACUGUGUAUUGUAUGUAACAAGUUAUACUUCUGACUUUAAAGGAGGAUUUAUUUAUGUCUUCCUCUAUGAUCUAAUAAACAAACAUAAGACAAAAUUUUACUCUACAACUUCAUGAAAAGU